ACAGCGUCAGGCCAACAGCAGCAGCAGCUCUGUCCGAGGAAGAGAUGUUCAGAAAGACACGGACCGUCAUGCAGAGGGCUGUAUCCUCGGCGCUGGCAGCAGUGAUUCUCGUGGGCGCUGUGGGCCGCUGUGCAGAUGGGACCGAGCCCAGUGUGUUGACUCAGCUCAUCAACGGAACCUGGGAACCACCUCGGGCUCUGCGGAUGCACCGACCCUGCAGGGAGGAGGAUCUGCACUACUGUGGAAAUGAUGGCCAGUGCGUUUACCCCCAAGACACCGAGAGCCCCUCCUGCAUAUGUAAACCUUCAUUCACCGGCAAACGCUGCAUGUUGAUCACCAGCGGCUCUCAGGCGGCGCCCGACUACGAACAAGUGAUUGGCGUUGGAGUGGGCGUGGCCUUGCUCUUCAUCAUCCUGGCCGCUGUGUUCUUCUACUGCCUACGCAAGAGGUGUAUGAGAUCAGCACAGCUUAUAAAGUCCAACGGAUCGGAGAACUCAGUCUGAUACCAACCUCUCCCUUUUCUUCAUCACCGUCAGUAUCGUCACCAGCAUCCUCAUCCUCAUCCUCACCAUUCACUUUGAACUUCAACCUGCGAUCUAUUUUUUAUAUUUCAUUAGAUAUAAUACAGGCCAAUGAGAACUUAAGUAACGCAGUCAUAAGAACAGGAC